AUGGAUGACAAAAUAAAUGUUAACAAGGACUUCGCUGUAACACGUGAUGGACAAUUGCGGCAUAAACUCUCAGGUGAAUGCAGUGAUUUUAAUAAUUACUUAUUUAAUAACUCAAAAUUCUAUUCUAUGACGUUUUUUACAACUUGCCCCAAAGUAGGAGUCUACUUAGAUCAUAUAUUAAGAAAUAAACUUCAGAAAAAACCUGAUUUUAAUACAAAGGCAAAUUGCAAUUAUUUCUUUUACAUAUUGAAAAAUGUAGUUCAAAAUUAUGGAGAUAAUUGUAGUACAACAGAAAACUGCUAUUGUUAUAUGAGAACAAAGAAGAACCCCAAUAAAAUUUCAUAUCCUGCACAAUUUUCUGAUGUAUGUAAGGAAGAGGAUAAUGUUAAAAAAUAUAUUGAUAAAGAUUUAUUUCACGUAUUAAGGAGUCUUGACGAAUUACAUGACAUUCUUAACAAAUUAAAAACUGCUUCUAGUUCAAAUUAUUCUGAUUUUGAAAAAUUUAAAGGACAUUUUAAAUCAUUAGAAGGGUGUAAAUAUAAAAUCAAUGGAAGCUUUAAAUUAUUUUUACAAAUACAUUUAAAAUAUUUAUAUGAAAUAAAUAACUCCUUCAUAAAAUAUUAUAAUUUUAAUUUACUUCAGUAUACUAAUUAUGAAUCUUAUUUACAAUCAAGAGUUAGGAUGUUAAGAAAAAUGUUAAAAAAAAAUAAUAAAAAAUGA